UUUCCGGCAGGGACGCGGACCCGGGGCGAGUGCUGCAUCUGCCAUGGUGGGAGCCGGUUUCUAGCGCCCGAAGUCGGGCCAGGUUGGCCCGCUCUCCGCCCUUGUGAGCAGGAAGCGCGUGUGGGGGCCUCGAGCGCAGGCGGCCGGACCAGCUGCGAGGCGGGCGGGCGGGCGGGCGCGCGGCCGGUGGGGCCUAGCCUGGCAUUCCUGCAGCAGAACUUCCUUUGCGGCCCAUUGGAUUCCUAGCAAAGGCUUACCUGUCCAAGUCAGUCGUGAAAAUGCACAUUAAGUCCAUCAUUCUCGAAGGAUUCAAGUCCUAUGCUCAGAGGACUGAAGUCAAUGGUUUUGACCCCCUCUUCAACGCUAUCACGGGUUUAAAUGGCAGUGGGAAAUCCAACAUAUUGGACUCCAUUUGUUUUUUGCUGGGCAUCUCCAAUCUGUCUCAGGUUCGGGCUUCUAAUUUACAAGAUUUAGUUUACAAAAAUGGGCAGGCUGGUAUUACUAAAGCCUCAGUCUCAAUCACCUUUGACAAUUCUGAUAAAAAGCAAAGUCCUUUAGGAUUUGAAGUUCAUGAUGAAAUUACAGUAACAAGGCAGGUGGUCAUUGGUGGCAGAAAUAAAUAUUUAAUCAAUGGAGUAAAUGCAAACAAUACCAGAGUACAGGAUCUCUUUUGUUCUGUUGGCCUUAACGUUAACAACCCUCACUUUCUCAUCAUGCAGGGCCGAAUCACAAAAGUGUUGAAUAUGAAACCUCCAGAGAUUUUGUCCAUGAUAGAAGAAGCAGCUGGAACCAGGAUGUAUGAAUACAAAAAAAUAGCUGCCCAAAAAACUAUAGAAAAAAAGGAGGCUAAGCUGAAAGAAAUUAAGACGAUACUUGAAGAAGAAAUUACUCCAACCAUUCAGAAAUUAAAAGAGGAAAGAUCUUCCUACUUGGAGUAUCAAAAAGUAAUGAGGGAAAUAGAACAUUUGAGUCGUUUAUAUAUUGCUUAUCAGUUUUUGCUUGCUGAAGAUACCAAAGAACGCUCAGCUGAGGACUUAAGAGAAAUGCAGGAUAAAGUUCAAAAGCUUCAAGAGGAAUUGUCUGAGAAUGAUAAAAAAAUAAAAGCGCUUAAUCAUGAAAUAGAGGAGUUGGAAAAAAGAAAAGAUAAGGAAAUUGGAGGUGUACUCCGAUCUUUAGAAGAUGCUCUUGCAGAAGCUCAGCGAGUUAAUACUAAAUCUCAAAGUGCCUUUGAUCUCAAGAAGAAAAAUCUGACAGGCGAAGAAAACAAACGCAAAGAGCUGGAAAAAAAUAUGAUUGAGGAUUCUAAAACUUUAGCAGCAAAGGAAAAAGAGGUUAAAAAGAUAACAGAUGGGCUGAACACCCUUCAAGAAGCAAGUAAUAAAGACGCUGAAGCUUUGGCUGCUGCACAGCAGCACUUCAAUGCUGUUUCCGCUGGCCUGUCCAGUAACGAAGAUGGAGCAGAAGCAACUCUUGCUGGUCAAAUGAUGGCCUGUAAAAAUGACAUAAGUAAAGCUCAGACAGAAGCCAAACAGGCUCAGAUGAAAUUGAAACAUGCCCAACAAGAAUUAAAGACUAAACAAGCUGAAGUUAAGAAGAUGGAUAGUGGCUACAGGAAGGAUCAAGAAGCUUUAGAGGCUGUGAAGAAGCUUAAAGAAAAACUUGAAGCCGAAAUAAAAAAGCUAAAUUAUGAAGAAAACAAGGAGGAAAGCCUUCUGGAAAAGCGCAGGCAACUGUCACGUGAUAUCAGUAGAUUGAAAGAAACAUAUGAAGCUCUCUUGGCCAGAUUUCCCAAUCUUCAAUUUGCCUACAGGGAUCCAGAGAAGAACUGGAAUAGAAAUUGUGUGAAAGGACUUGUAGCUUCUUUGAUUAGUGUGAAAGAUACUUCUGCAACCACAGCUUUAGAAUUGGUGGCUGGGGAACGACUCUACAAUGUUGUAGUAGACACAGAGGUUACUGGAAAAAAGCUUCUAGAAAAGGGGGAAUUGAAACGUCGAUACACUAUAAUUCCACUCAAUAAAAUUUCAGCCACAUGUAUUGCUCCAGAAACCCUGAGGGUCGCUCAGAAUCUUGUUGGCCCUAACAAUGUUCAUGUGGCUCUUUCCCUGGUUGAAUACAAACCGGAACUUCAGAAAGCAAUGGAAUUUGUCUUUGGAACAACAUUUGUUUGUGACAAUAUGGAUAAUGCAAAAAAAGUAGCCUUUGAUAAAAGGAUAAUGACUAGAACUGUAACUCGAGGAGGUGAGGUAUUUGAUCCUCAUGGGACACUGAGUGGAGGUGCUCGAUCCCAGGCGGCUUCAAUUUUAACCAAGUUUCAGGAGCUCAAAGAUGUCCAAGAUAAGCUGAGAAUCAAGGAGAAUGAACUACAGGCUCUAGAAGAGGAAUUAGCAGGUCUUAAAAACACUGCUGAAAAGUAUCGCAAACUAAAACAGCAGUGGGAGAUGAAAACCGAGGAGGCAGAUUUAUUACAAACCAAGCUCCAGCAAAGUUCAUAUCACAAGCAACAAGAAGAAUUAGAUGCUCUUAAAAAAACCAUUGAGGAAAGUGAGGAGACCUUAAAAAACACCAAAGAAAUUCAAAGGAAAGCAGAAGAAAAAUAUGAAGUAUUAGAGAAUAAAAUGAAAAAUGCAGAAGCUGAAAGAGAGAAAGAGCUGAAAGAUGCUCAGAAAAAACUUGAUUGUGCCAAAACAAAAGCGGAUGCUUCCAGCAAGAAAAUGAAAGAAAAACAACAGGAAGUUGAAGCUAUCACUCUGGAACUAGAAGAGCUCAAGAGAGAGCAUGCAUCCUGCGAACAACAGCUUGAAGCUGUAAAUGAAGCCAUCAAAUCCUAUGAAGGUCAGAUUGAAGUGAUGGCAGCUGAGGUGGCUAAAAGUAAGGAAUCAUUAAAUAAAGCUCAAGAAGAGAUGACCAAGCAAAAAGAAGUGAUAACAGCCCAGGACAAUGUAAUUAAAGCUAAAUAUGCAGAAGUGGCAAAGCAUAAGGAACAAAACAAUGAGUCUCAGCUUAAAAUUAAGGAACUGGACCACAACAUCAGCAAGCAUAAACGGGAAGCUGAAGAUGCUGCUGCAAAGGUAUCCAAAAUGUUGAAAGAUUAUGACUGGAUUAAUGCAGAGAAACACCUCUUUGGACUACCCAAUAGUGCCUAUGAUUUCAAAACUAAUAACCCAAAAGAAGCUGGUCAGAGACUUCAGAAGUUGCAAGAAAUGAAGGAAAAACUAGGAAGAAAUGUCAACAUGAGAGCUAUGAAUGUACUAACAGAAGCGGAAGAGCGGUAUAAUGACUUGAUGAAGAAGAAGAGAAUUGUAGAAAAUGACAAAUCCAAAAUACUUGCAACUAUAGAAGACCUUGACCAGAAGAAAAACCAAGCCCUGAACAUUGCUUGGCAAAAGGUGAACAAGGACUUUGGGUCUAUUUUUUCUACUCUUUUGCCUGGUGCUAAUGCUAUGCUUGCACCACCAGAGGGGCAAACCGUGUUGGAUGGUCUGGAGUUCAAGGUUGCCUUAGGAAAUACUUGGAAAGAAAACCUAACUGAACUUAGUGGUGGUCAGAGGUCAUUGGUGGCUUUGUCAUUAAUAUUGUCCAUGCUCCUCUUCAAACCUGCUCCAAUUUACAUCCUGGAUGAGGUCGAUGCAGCCCUGGAUCUUUCUCACACCCAGAACAUUGGGCAGAUGCUGCGUACUCAUUUCACACAUUCUCAGUUCAUUGUGGUGUCCCUAAAGGAAGGUAUGUUCAACAAUGCAAACGUCCUUUUCAAAACCAAGUUUGUGGAUGGUGUUUCUACAGUAGCCAGAUUUACUCAGUGUCAGAGUGGAAAGGUCCCAAAGGAAACCAAGGCCAAGGCGAAAGGACCCAAGUGAUCACAGGUGGAAGUUUAAAGUAUGAAUUCACUUCUUCACCUUCACCUGCUUUUUAAACAGACUUUUUCAGAACCUGGGAUUUAUCUCAUUUGUUUAUAUAAAGAUUUAAUGUUUUUUAUUACUUGAUCCAUAUUUUCUCUUCCCAUAUAUAAUCACUUAUAAAUGAACAUGAUUUCUCUUUUCUUAGUUUAACUAUGGCCCAAUUACUGUGAUUGUGAUUUUAUGCAUGUCAUCAAUUAUUUUUCUUACACAAGUCUUGUAGAGUAGGGAGCCUGAGAUACCUGUUUGGUGGGAAAUCCCGUUUGUAAAAGCAAAAAUACAAAGAAACAGGUAAAAUUAGAUUAUGGGAUAAAUAUAGCUGAUAAUCAGCUUUUAGUUUAAUUCCUAAGAUAAUAUUAAUUCCUAAGAUAAUAUUAAUGUAUUUUCUAUUGCUAAUAAAGUCAUUAGGUAAGGAAGAAUAAAAAAGCAAGGAGCUGGACCAACAGCGGGAACACAGAGCAAGGUGUUAGGCACAUUCUGAGCUAUUUGUGGUUAGUUUCUUGAGAACACAAUGCUAGAUCCCUGAUUCAGACUCAAAUGACAGAAAUCAAGACCUAUUUCCCACUUUGUGAUGUUUGAAUAUCAUGUUUCUAGAUGCUCAGUAAUUGAUCUGUAUAUGCGUACAUUUUUUAAAAAUCUUUAUAAAUAUUUCUGUAGGAGUUUAGGAGAAAGGUAUGUUGCUUGCUGCUCUCUGGUGCAAGUUUAUCUGAAGUCUCCCAAUACUUCUGUCAGCCUUUUCAUAAUCUAAUCAAUAACAAUCUAUUGUUGGAUGUGAAUGUAGAAGCCAACAGACCAAAUAAAAUUUACCUUUUUCUUCAGUCUAAGAUAUUUGUAAAUAAAUUAGAUCCAUCUGUUUAACCAAAAGAACUCAAAAUUUGAUUGUUUCUUAGUGUCUUCUACUCUCCAGUUCAAAAGAUCGUGCUGACAAACAACCUAAGAAUAGUUGUUAAUGUCUAUAGGUAUAUUAUCACCAGUGUCUCCAAACUCUGAAUCUUGAAAGCUCUGACAUGAUCUCAUCUGAUCUUGGGUAUAUUAUUUUGAUCCCACAUCCCUUCAUAUUUCAGUUCUAAAUUCCUUUGUUUUUCCUUUCCCUAAUAUAUGCUCAUACUUCUUGGUCAUGGGUUUAAUAUUUUUCAUUCUUCAUUUUUAUACAUAUGUGAGGAUGUCAGAUAGCACUCAGGUAACUGAAAUUAUGGGAUACCUUGAAAAGGAUUGAAUCAGGAAUUAGUCCUGACUACUGUGGGAGGCUAGGGGAGUACUAGUAAAUGCUGAGUUACAGGAAGCCCAAUAUCACAUAGAACAGACAUAAGAAAAUUUUUAUUUUCUCUCAAAUGCAUUGCAAAUUAUUUGCCAAAACAGUUUACACUGUCACAAUAUAGUAUACCUGUUGGCCACAGCCUAGUCAGCAAGGCUGUUAAUUUUAAUACUUACAACUUACUAGUUAUAAAAUGGCACUUCAUUGUUAUUUAACUAGUAUUGUGUAAAUAACCCGUGGGGUGAGUAUUGUUGCCAUGUGUACUAAUUUUCUUUCCUUUGCUACAAAUUAUCUAUUUGUUUGCUUUCCUAAUUUUUGUCAUUUGCUCUUUGAUGAAAAUCCUCAAACAUUAAAUUUUUGUAAGUAAUGUCAUUCUUUGAUUAGAGGGAGGACAUUAAGUAGGAUGGGGACAUUAUUUCAUACAUCCGCAAUAAUGUAAUAUUUAGUGUGCUCUAUCUAUAUAUUAGACACUAUUCUCACAUGCACAUAUUUUCAUUUUUAAUCCAUUAAUGACCCAGUGGACUCAGUACUGUUGUCAGGAUUAUGUAAUGGAGGAAACUGAAUUGAGCAGAGAAGUUAAACUUGCCCACAGUGAUAACACAGUUCAGUGGCAGAGCCAAGAUACCAAUGCUGGCAGUUGGUCUCCAGAAUCUAUGAGGUACUACUGCCUGACAGCCUGAACAUUUGUAUUUGUACAUAACACAUUUAAAGGGUACCUACAUGAGCAGGAUGUACAACAUGUGAAUUAUCUAGAGGAAGAAUCUCAAACGUUUGAAGACAGUUUUUUAGUUUUAGCAUUUCAAGUACACUAACAACAAAUGCAAAAGAACAAACUUGAGAAUCCCUCUUCCAAUGUGGUGGGGUUCCCAGAGUCAUGUCAGCUUCAGUCAGGGCAGCUUUAUUUCUUUUUUAUCAUGUAACUUCUUUAUAGCGCGUUACUAUUACGAAUUAGCUUGCUUAAUUUCUUUACUAUUAAACCAGCCUUGUGUCCUGGGAAUAACCCCCACUUGCUCCUAUUGUCUAGUUCUUUUUAUGUAAUGCUGGAUUCAAUUUGCUAAUAAUUUGGUCAUGACACUUAUGUUUUCAUGAGUGGCAUUGGUCUGUAGGCUUUUUUUUUUUUUACGGCCUUUAUUUGGUUCCAGGGUAAUGAAUUGGGAAAUGUUUUUAAUUUUUUGGAGUGUAUUUAACUUUCAAUUACAAUGGGAGUUUUCCAGGUAGUUUUUUCUUAACUGAUUGUUAGUUUAAUUUUGUUAUGGUCAGGGUAUAUCAUUUUAAUUUUUAAAAAAUUAGAAAGAAAAUGAUAGAUUUAAAUGCUUCUCUUAGAAAACAAUGAGGUACAAAUUCAGUGGUGUAAGGUUCUACUUUAAGUUAUAUCUUUAAGAUAAGAACAAAGUAAACUCAAAUUAAAUGGAAAUAAAAUAAAGGGUAGAAAUCAGCAACAUGAAAACAAAAACAGUGGAGAGAAAAAAAAUCAAUGAAACCAACAUCUAGUUCUCAAAAGAGCAACAACAUUGGAAUAUCUCUAAUUUGACCAAGGAAACCAGAGAGAGUAGAAACCACUAGUAUCAGGAAUGAAAUCAGAGUUGCCACUCUGGAUCCUUACCCAAAGGAUACAAAAUCAUGACCAUUUUUAUGCCAUUAACUUCAAUAAUUUGGACAAGAUUGAAAAACUAUUAGAAAAAUAAAACUCACCAAAACUGGCACAAGGAUAUAGAAAACCUGAAUAGCCUCACAUCUGUUAAUGCAGUUGAAAAUUAUCUUCCCACAAAGAGAACUCCAAUAUUAUAUGGUUUUACUUGUAAAUUUUACCAUUCAAGGAAGAAAUAACAUCAGUGUUACACAAUGUCUUAUAGAAAACAGAUGGAGAGGGAAUACCUCCAACUUGUUUUGUGAGACCAGUGUUACUCUAAUACAAAAACUCGACAAAGACAUUACAAACAAAAUUAUAGGGCUGUAGUCCGCAAACAAAAAUUCUGAAAAUAUUAGCAAAUUGAAUCUAACAUCAUCUAUAAAAGAUAAGCCAUUUUCAAGUUGUUUUCAACAGAUGGUACUGACAGAUAUUUACACAGAGAAACAAACACUGACCCUUCACACGCGUGUAAAGGCAUCACAGCACAAACUACUGGUAGGACUGUGCCGUUUUCAUGGUCGUGUAUCCGAAUAUUUUGAAUGGCAGUUUCACUUCAGAGUGUCUGAUGGAACUGUACAAAUCAUUUUUUAUAUCAACCUGCUGAGUACAUGGCUAUAAUAAUUGGAAUGACAAAAUGGGAAUUAUGUAUAAGCACUUCUGCAUACCAAAUCAUGAUGUGUAUUUUGCAAAAAUGCAAUUAUGUCACUUGGGGUCUGAAGUAUCCACUUCUUUAUUUUUCCCCACGGAAUACCAUUUUUACUUGAACAUAAGACUAAGACAAAUAUGGUUAUUAAGUCUAUGGUAUUUGGUAGACAUUUCUCAAAACUGAACAAAGUCAGUCUGCCAUAAGAACCUGACAUAUCUGUUGCAAGUAAGAAAAUUGUAGCUUUCAAGUGAAAGUUAGAAUUUUGGCAAGCUUGUAUUCAUCAUUGUGAACUUGACAUCUUCUCAAUACUUAAAAGACUUUUCUUGCCCUGGCGGUGUGGCUCAGUGGUUGAGCAUCAGCCCAUGCACCAGGAGGUUGCAGGUUUGACUUUUGGUCAGGGCACAUGCCCAGGUUGUGUGCUCGAUCCCCAGCAGGGGGUGUGCAGGAGGCAGCCAAUAGCUAUUGAUGUUUCUCUCUCCAUGUUUCUAUCUCUCCCUCUCUCAGUCU